AACGUGAAUCUGUUUCCUGUUUGUUUUUUCCAGCCGGAGCGAAUAGACCCGAGCGCGUCCCGGCAGGGCUACGACGUCCGCUCAGACGUUUGGAGUUUGGGAAUCACGCUGUACGAGCUGGCCACUGGGAGGUUCCCCUACCCGAAGUGGAACAGUGUGUUCGACCAGCUGACCCAGGUGGUGAGGGGAGACCCGCCGCAGCUCAGCAACUCGGAGGAGAGGCGCUUCUCUCCCAAAUUCAUCUCCUUUGUCAACGUGUGCCUUACAAAGGACGAGUCAAAAAGGCCAAAGUACAAAGAGCUACUGAAAGAUCCGUUCAUCCAGAUGUACGAGGAGCGCUCGGUGGACGUGGCGAGCUACGUGUGCCGGCUCAUGGAUCAGAUGCCGACGUCUCCCAGCUCCCCGAUGUACAUGGACUGAUGGCAACGCACCAAUAAAUAUAUUCACCAAGUCUGCAACAGUAAAACACACUUAAACAAAAGAAAAAGAAGACAAAGACGAGAAAGUGAACAAAACUAAAUCCUUGUGUACAUUUGCUUGGUCCCCUUAUUGCAGUGUUAAAAAGAGAAUUGUAAAAAAACAAACACUAAAAGAACUCACCAUUUGCAAUAACAGUAGUGUUCAUUUCACUCAUGUCUGUAUAAUAUAUCAACACUUCUGUUUCUCUCUUGUUCACACACAUACUCUCUCUCUCUCUCUCUCUCACUCUCUCUCUCUCUCUCUCUCUCUCACACACACACACACACACGUGUAAGUAUAGUAGCAGCGGAAUCAAUCAUAUGGUCUUGACUCAUCUUAAUGAGGACACACCUCUGUGGUUAGUACAGUGAUUUAAAAAAUAAAAUGAAUAAUAAUAAUGUCAAACUUGUAUUUAUGGAACCAAAAAAAAACAAAUCACUUCAACAUACUGGAAUCAUGCUCUUUGUGAAUUGUCCCACCUCUUCCAUGUGCGUAACUGAAAGCAUCGUGUUUGGUAUCUUAAUGGAACUUUGCUUCUCUGGGUAUAAAGCAGUUUAAAAAGUGUCGGUGGUCCGAAUCAUGUUAGACCUGCAGUCCAGUCCUCGCUGUACAGUGGACUAUAUGCUGAUGUAUGAAUAAAGGAGGAGAAAGGACAC